UCCUCCUCUCCUUUGCUCCCGUCCUUGCGUAAGAAGACCACAAGACCAGUUCCCUGCUUGCCUGCUAUUUCAUUAUUCACGGAGGCUGGAGGGGAAUCUGAGAUUUUCCAGGCCCUGGAAGAAACUACGCGAUUGCCACUUUACUGUUUCAGAUUCGAGCAGGACAAACCAAGCCCAACUUCAGUGUUAGCAAUGGCGAAUGAAGCCCAGCCUUGCCCGUGUGACAUUGGGCAUAAGAUGGAGUAUGGGGGUAUGGGAAGCGAAGUGCCAGUUGAGCACAUCCAGGCUUAUCUCCGCAAGCCACCAUCCAGCACAGACAAAGCCGUGAUUGUCGUUCAAGAUAUAUUUGGCUGGCAGAUGCCAAAUACCCGCUACAUAGCAGACAUGAUUGCCGCCAACGGAUAUACAGUCAUCUGCCCAGACUUCUUUGCAGGAAAAGAGCCUUGGCAACCAAAUGCCGAUUGGUCCACUUUCCAGGACUGGCUGAAGACCCGUAAUGCCAGAAACGUUGACAAAGAAGCAGAGGCUGUAUUGAGGUAUCUGAAGAAGCACUGCAAUGCCAAGAGGAUUGGGAUUGUUGGGUUCUGCUGGGGUGGAGUUGUUGUUCAUCAUUUGAUGGUGAAAUAUCCAGAAUUCAAGGCCGGGGUGUCAGUGUACGGCAUCAUCAAAGACACUGAAGAUGUGUAUGGUUUGAACAAUCCUACACUUUUCAUUUUCGGAGAGAAGGAUAUUGUAAUUCCUCUUGAGCAGAUUAAUGUGCUAGAAAAGAAGCUGAAAGAACAUUGUAAAGUUGAUUAUCAAGUGAAAAUCUUCCCUGGACAAACUCAUGGAUUUGUGCAUCGGAAGAGAGAAGAUUGCAAACCUGAAGACAAGUCAUGUAUCGAAGAAUCAAGGAAGAAUCUGAUAGAUUGGCUGAACAAGUACAUGUAACAAAUGGAAAAAGGAAAGUUUUGCAAACAAUUGUCUCCCUUCCCUGGUCCAUAAUUCAGUAUUCCUU